AUGGGGCUUGUGGGGGGCUCCAGGGGGGUCUGCCCAUGUUUCCCCCCAGGCGCAACGUGGGGCCCGACGCGGGUGGCUGCAGAUGAUGGCUCGGCAGUGGAUGGGCUGAACCUGGGGGCCCUGGCGGUGGGAGGGGAUGAGGUGCUGCUGCUUUGUGCCCGCUGCGCCCACCCCCCCCAGGCCUGCGGCUCCCCCAGCACCCACCUCCUGCGCAGUCGUGAUGGCGGCCGCUCAUGGGGACCUCCCCAGAACCUCUCAGGGGUGGUUGGUAGUGAGGUGUUUGCCCCAGGGCCUGGCUAUGGCAUCGAGAAGCAGCAUGCACCGGGCAGCGGGCGCCUGGUGUUCUGUGGCCAUGGGACACUGGAGCGGGAUGGGGUCUCACUGCUAUUGAGUGAUGAUGGGGGCCUGCGGUGGAGGCGGGGGGGAUCGCUGCCCGCCAUUCCCUUUGGGGCCCCCCACCAUCCCCAGGACUUCACCCCUGACGAGUGCCAGCCCUAUGAGCUGCCCAAUGGCUCCAUCGCCGUCAACAUCUGGAACCAGAACUCGUACCGGUGCCGCUGCCGGAUGGUGGCGCGAAGCUGGGACGGCGGUGAGACCCUCCCCUCCGUGGCAGUGGCAGG